AUCUACGUAUGUGGAAGGAAUUGCCCUGUACAGUCCAUAAACUGCCACGGAAGGACUGCCCUUGUUUAUUUCCCUAUCAUCUCCAUAGGUUUCCUGUGAAUGAAGAUCGUCGUCGUGUUUGGGUGUCACGUGUUAAUCGGAAGGAUUUUCACCCAUCUGAUAGCAGUGUGAUAUGCUCAAUUCAUUUUUUGGAUGGCCAUCCAAGCAAACAAAAUCCUGAUCCAGUCUUAAAUUUGGGAUAUCAACGAAAGGUGACACAAGGAAGAAGGACCAUUUUCCGACACCCUCUCUCUGAUGUUUCUCGGACCCCAAGGAGCAAUCAACUGACUGAGGAGUGCCAUGCUGAAGCUGAACUGACAGAUCAACCUGUAUCUCAAGCUGAAGAGAAGGAAAAGGGGAAUGAUGACUCCAGACCAAGUGAUUGUGACUGUUGUAAACAGAAGUCUUGUUUUUGUCUUCACAGACCUAUGAUAAAAGUUCCAAACAGAACUGUAGGAGUACAGGUUCAUUUUAACAAGUCAGUAGAUCACCAUUAUGCAACCCAGCACUACACGACCAAAACAAAGAAUGUCUCUGUUCAGGUUAAUUUUCCUGCCUUUUCUGCAGACAGUAUUAAGACUAACACUGAUUCUGUGUUUUACACUGGACUUACUCUACAGGUGUUUCUGUCAAUAAUAACUUAUCUUACAUCUGUACUGCGGUCAAACAUUAAGAUGCCACUCUCAGAUCAAACACUACUCACACUUAUGAGACUUAGGCUUGGAAUUCAGUUUCAUGAUCUUGGGAGAAGAUUUUCAAUUUCCACGCAAUUAGCAAGUAAAAUUUUUGGAAUUUGUAUCUCAAUUUUAGCCAGAAAGCUAAAGGAUUGCAUUGUUUGGCUCCCAAGAGAUGUUAUUAGAUCUGCAAUGCCAAUGUCCUUUAAGACUACCUAUCCACACACUACCUGCAUUAUUGACUGUACAGAAAUGUUCUUGCAACGUCCAUUUUCAUUGAAGGUUAGAGCUCAAACCUACAGUACAUAUAAAAGUCACAAUACUGCCAAAAUUCUUGUUGCUAUUGCUCCCAAUGGAUAUAUUAUGUAUGUUUCAAGAUGCUAUGGGGGUCGUGCAAGUGAUGUGUAUAUCACCAAGAACUCGGGUUUUCUAAACUACUUGUUACCUGGUGAUGAGGUAAUGGCAGAUAGAGGCUUUACAAUAAGCAAUGAACUUUAUGCUAGAAGAGUGAAACUGAACAUUCCUGCUUUUAUGAAGGGUCGUAAACAACUGAGUGCUACAGAGUGUAUAGAAACACGAAGAAUUGCAUCUGUAAGAAUACAUGUAGAAAGAGCAAUUGCCAGGUUGAAGUCUUACAGAAUAUUGAAUCAGGUUCUACCUCUUAAUUCCGUUCAAAAGUUGGAUAAGAUAGUCAAAGUGUGUGCAGUCCUGUGUAACCUCAGACCAGAACUCAUCAAGGACAAAGACUGAGUAGUCAUGUAUGUUUCAGACAUCUAGUAGGCUGCUUAAGCUUAUGAGAUGUAUGUGAUUUUGCAAUGUGAUAUUUCACCAACAAGAAUGAUAAAUUAUAAAUACAUAGUCUCAUUGAAUUGAUGUUUAAAUCAUUAAACUGAAUGUUCCCCUCA